CUAGAUGGCCCAACAAUCGUGCACAUAAACCUAUUUGUGAGAAGUAUCAUGACAAUAAGUGACAACAAGAUGGAGUACAGUGUGCAACUGACGUUCCGCGAACAAUGGAUGGACGAGAGGCUAAAAUUUAACGAUUACAAUGGUAAAAUGAAAUACUUGACUUUGACUGAAGCCAACAGAGUGUGGAUGCCCGACUUGUUCUUUUCUAACGAGAAGGAAGGUCAUUUUCACAAUAUAAUUAUGCCGAACGUGUACAUCAGGAUAUUCCCCAACGGAUUAGUAUUGUACAGUAUAAGGAUAUCCCUUACUCUAUCGUGUCCAAUGAAUCUCAAAUUAUAUCCACUGGAUCGUCAAACGUGUUCACUCCGAAUGGUCAGCUACGGUUGGACAACUGACGAUUUAGUAUUUUUAUGGAAAGAAGGCGAUCCAGUGCAAGUGGUAAAAAAUUUACACUUACCAAGAUUCACUUUAGAAAAAUUUCUCACGGAUUACUGCAACAGCAAAACUAACACAGGUUAG